AUGGUGCUGCGAUGGCCGUUCCCAGGAGCACCCGCCACCCCAAAGGGCACAGAGACGCUCACUCAGGGGCUGCCCUGGGCUUUUCUGGGCCCCCUGACCUGGCUGCCCAGUUUGGUGGGCUGCGAUUCUCUCUGGAAUAAAGUUCCUCACCACGAGGUGGCGCCAAACCCGCACCUCAGGCCCGCCUGCAGGCGGCGCGCUCCUUUCCUGAACAAGGCUGCUCCUUUCCGGGAACCGCAGCCUGCGCGCGACGCCCACCCAGGGCCGCAGAGAGGUCAGCCCUGUCAUCUAAGCGCCUGCGCUGGCCUCGGGUUCACUCGGGACCCACGCAGGGACGCGGGCGCCUCACUCAGCGCGAGGGCGCACGGGAGGCAGCGCACGCACGGUGCCAGCGGCUCCGAGCCUGGCCGGGCCCUGCGCGCAUCGAGGCCGGUCACGGGUGGGUGCACAGGAGCGUGUGCGGGUGGACAGAUGGUGACUCCAAGUAUGGGGCAGAUCCAGGAAGGAACAACAGGGGCCCUUCCAAUGGGGCAUCAGGCAGCCCAUGACCCUGUUUCUGCAUCGGAGUUCAGCAUCUUGGCGUAUUUUGCACAUUACUUCCGGGUCUGCUCUGGGAGGCAGUGCCUGUUCCAGAUGUUCUCAGAAUACAUUUGCCCAUCAUUGAAUGGCAUUGAGCUUACAUGUGUGAGUCACAGUUUUAACCACUCGAUGGCCUUAAACUGCAUGUGCUGAAGCCUAAACGUAAGCCAGGGAUGAGGUUGGGGGCUC